GGCGGGGAUUGGGCGGGUUGAGUCACGUGGCGCGGCUGCGGCGGUGUCACGUGACGGCGGGAGCGCCCUUCCCCGAUGCGGGGUCCCCUCCUUGCGGCCGCCGGCGCUGCCAUGGGUGGCACGGGGGGUCCCCUGGCCCGCACCAUCCGUGCCAAGCUGACCGCAGCCCUCCAACCCACCCACCUGGAGAUUCGGGAUGACUCCCCCCUCCACGGGGGUCCCCCCGGAGCCGAGACUCAUUUCGGGGUGCUGGUGGUGAGCGGGCGCUUCGCGGGGCUGCCGCCGCUGCAGCGGCACCGCCUGGUGCACGAGGCGCUGCGGGCCGAGCUGGCCGGGCCCCUGCACGCCCUGCAGCUCACCGCCCGCACCCCCGAGCAGUGGCAGAGCGACCCCCAAAACCCCCCCGCGCCCCCUUGCCUGGGGGGGUCCAAGAGGGAGAAGAGACGCGGCGCCCGGGAGGAGGAGGAGGAGGAGGAGGCGGGGAAACAGUGACGGCUCUGGGAGAGCCCCGGGAGCAGCGUGGGGCUGCCGGGACCCCCCCCCCAAAAAAUGUGUGGAGCUCACGGGACCCCCCCCAAGAACAACAGGAUCCCCCCAGGAACAGCGCGGAGCUCAUGGGACCCCCCCCAGGAACAACAGGACCCCCCCAGGAACAGCGUGGAGCUCAUGGGACCCCCCCCAAGAACAACAGGACCCCCCCAGGAACAGCGUGGGACUGCCAGGACCCCCCCCAGGAACAACAGGACCCCCCCAGGAACAGCGUGGAGCUCAUGGGGCCCCCCCAGGAACAGCGUGGAGCUCAUGGGACCCCCCCCAAAAACUGUGUGGAGCUGCCAGGACCCCCCCAGGAACAGUGGGGGGCUCCUGAGACCCCCCCAGGAACAGCGUGGAGCUCAUGGGACCCCCCAGGAGCAACGUGGGACUCGCAGGACCCCCCCCAAGAGCAACAGGACCCCCCCCCAGGAACAGCGUGGAGCUCAUGGGACCCCCCCCCCAGGAACUUGGUGGGGCUGCCAGGACCCCCCCAGAAACAACAUGGGGCUCCUGGGACCCCCACCCCGGUGUCAGCAUUGGGAGGGGGCAAAAAUAAUGGGGGUCACCCCCCCCCCAGUCCCUCCCACAGCCCCCCCAGGCUGGACCCACCCAGCACCCCCUCCCUGGUGGGGAUUUUUGGGGUGUCCCUCCCUUUGAAUCUGAAUUAAUUUAAAUAAAUGUGUUCUGUGGGCA